AUGGAAAAAUUCAAAAAAUGCCCCAAAAAAAGAUUUAGGGGAACCCAUAGAACAAAGUUUCUUAUUAAGAAACAGACUGGGGUUAGUGGAGAAAAUAAGAGUACUGUUUUUCCUAGCAACUAUAUUACAAGUAUAAUUGUAAAAUAUUUAAAUGAUAACAAAAAUAAUGUGAAUAAACAUGAUUAUGAUAUAUAUGAAAAAGAGUCCCAAAAUUUGAAAGAUAAAUUGUUUUUUAAUAAAACCGAAAUAUUGGAAAUCGAUAUAAUAAAAAGUUGCUUAUAUUUUGAUAAUGAUGAGACAUUGCAAAAAAUUAAUUAUAAAAUACUUUAUGAUGUUUUAAAAAAAUGUAUAGAUCAUGAAAAUAUAUUAAUGAAAGUUGAAGAAUUAGGAUUUUCUGCUGAAAAUAUAAAAAGUCAAAAUGAUGAAGACAUAAAUAUAUGUUCAAAAUAUCAAACUAAGAAUUUUUUAAAUUAUAUAUAUCAAAAUUUAAAAGUUGUUAUUAAAAUGAACAAAAAUUUUGAUAUUUUAUAUAAAUUAAUGAAAAUUAUAAAAUCAAUAAUGCACAUUAUUCCCUAUACGUACAAAAUAAAAUUCUUAUUUUAUUUUUGUUCUCUUUUUAAUAUAUAUCAAAAAGAAUAUGAAAGAAAAAACAACACAUAUAAUAAUGAAGAAAAUGAUGAAAAAUCAAAGGAAGGAAAUAAAAAUGAAUCUACAAUUUUUACAAAUAUAGAUCAUGAAAAAUUUUUGAAUAUACUUUUUGAAUUAAUAACGGGAUUAAUAAAUUUAAAAACUAAUUAUAAUACUUAUGAUGAUAAUUAUUUAAUAUUUAACUAUUUUGUUUUACGUUGGAUAUUAGUAUUUUUUAAAAAUAAAUAUACUUUUUUUUCAAAAAAAAAAAUUCAUUCUUUAAUAAAAGCAAAGUAUAUGAUACUUUUAUUUAGUAUAUUAAAAAACUUACAUGAAAAUUGCAAUUUUAAUGUAGAUUCAGUUUUAUCAAAUACACAUAAUGAUACAAAAAAUUUAUUAAAUAAUAAUGGAGCCACUAUAAAUAGAGAAAAUACUUAUCCUAUUGAUCAACAACAUCUUUACGAUGCUAGUGGUAAUUAUAUGGAAAAUUUUAUAGAAAAUUCAAACAUAAAUAAAGGCGAAUUUUUAGAUCAAAUGGGAGAAAGAGAAGAUGAAAAUUUUAAUUAUGAAUCAACUAUAAAUUUAAAUGAGCCUAGUAUUUUAGAUUUGUUAUGCAAUGGAAAAGAGAAUAAAAACGGUAUAAUUAACGGAAGUUCUAUACAUGAAAAAAUAAAAAAUAUCAAAAAUGAAAUAAAUAAUAUUAUUAAAACAUAUUAUGAUAAAGUUGAUUUAAAUAUUGAAAAAAAUAUGAAAGAAAUAAAGGAUAAUAUAAAUGUGUUAACACAUGAUAUAUUUAUUACAUUUUAUAAUUUAUUUAGCAAAAUAAACGACAUUCAUAAACAUAUAGUUUUGUUAUAUUUUUCUCAAGAUUUUAUAAAAAUUUCAGAAUAUGAAUAUUCCUAUUAUAUUAUUUUUAACAGUUUUCAAUUACUAAAUAAAUUAUUAACUAUUGAAAAUUUUGUGAUACAUCCAUUAAUUUUUUUAUCACUUGAACAAGUUAUGGUAUAUUAUGAAAAUGUUAUAAUUUAUUUGUAUAAAAAAAAAAAUGAUAUGAAUGAAGAAUUUUAUAAAUUUUGUGAAAAUUUUAAUACAAAACACAAAAAUAUAUAUGAAAAUAUUUUUACAAGAUUGUGGAGUUUGUAUAUGUUAAUAAUAUCAGAUGAGUAUACAAAAAAAGAUGAUAAUGCUAAAUUAAAUGAAAAAAGUAGUACUUUCAUUAAUUUGAAUGGAAAUAAUGAUGAUAAUAUAGGUAUCAAUAGUAACCAAAAAGAAAUGCAUAUAACGAAUUAUCUAAAUAAUUAUACUUCAAUAUUAAAAAUUAAUGAUUUACAUUUUUCAAACGAAUAUAAAGAUUUGAUUUUAAGUAACACAAAUAAAGGUUAUAUAAAUUGUUUAGUAAGUUGUUUAUCAACAUCAUAUCGUGUUAUUGGGUUGUGUUUUUAUUUAGAAGAAAAUUAUUUUUUUACAUAUAAUGAGCUAAUAUAUAGAGAUAUAUUUAUUUUAAAUAGAAUGUUAAAAGACUCAAAUAAAUUGUAUUAUGGAGGUAAUUUUAAAUUUUUGAUGAAUUUUUUUUAUCCUUUAUUAAUGUGUUAUAUUAAUUUGUAUGAAAAAGAAUCAGAUCAUAGUAUAAAGAAAGAGUUAUUUUUGAGUUAUAUUAAAAAUAUAUUAAUACAUUUUUCUAGGACAUUAAAUGAUUGUAUAAAUUUAUAUUAUUUUAUAUCUACUCAAAUUGAAGAUAUAUAUAUAUUAGCUACAAAAUUUAUAAAUUGCAAUGAUCAUACAUUAUUAUUAUUGUUUAUAAAUUUUUUAACAAAUUUUUAUACUUCUACUAUAAAAUCUAAUCAAAAACAAAAAAAUAUAGGACAAAAUAUUUUGUUAAAUAUGAAAAAUGUAAACAAACAUAUUACUAAUGUGAAGUAUAAAUAUACAAAUAUAAAUCUUCAAAAAAAUAAUUAUUUUUUAAAUCAUAUAUCAGAUAAUUUAUUAAAAAUUUUCAUACCAAGAUUUAUAAUAUUUUUAACAUCAACUUAUCAGCAAAAAUUCACACCAUCAAAUAAUUUAGUUGCUCAAGAAAAUACUCAAAAUAUAUUAGAAUCAUUUUCAAGUCUUAUAUAUUUAUGUUUAUAUUUUUCUUCAAAUUUUAAUUUUAAUGAUAUAUUAGUAGUAUUAGAACAAAUAUUACAAAAUAAUAUCGAAAAAGAUAUUUUUUCUUUAAUAAGUAUAUUAAAUGUUAUAAAAAUAGUUAUUCCAUUUUUUACAUUUGACCAAUUGAAAAUAUGUUCUAUUUAUUACAAAAAAGCUAUGUGUGCAAUUAAUGAUAUAUUGAAUAAUAUGUUAUCUGGUUUUACCGUAUUAGAAAAUGAUAGACAAAAUUUGGGUUCAGUACAAGAAAUUUCUCAAACGAAUAACAACGCCUAUAAUUUUGACAGUACAUUUUGUUCACAAAUCAAUCAAAAUGAAUUUCAUAAUAAUGCUUCUUUAAAUGGGUAUAAUGGAGAAAAUGGUCAAAUUAUAUUAACACAAGAAAAAAUCGGAAAAAAUGAUAAAAUAAAUAAAGAAGGAAUAAUAAAAAAAUCAAAGGGUAAUAAAGUAAAAAAUGGAAUUAAGAAAGAAGAAAGAAAAACAAAAAUGAAACGUGAUAAAAAGAUAAAAAAUUUAAGAAAAAAAAAAAUUACUAAAGAUGUGAAAAACGAAAUUGAGAAAUUCAAAUUCGCUAAAUUUUUAAUAUUUGAAGGAGUUUCGGAAUUAUUUCGAUAUUUUGGAAAUAUAAUUUUAAAUAAAAGAAGAGAGCAAGAAGAGUUAAUGCAAAAUAGAGACCAAAAUAACAAUCAAGGAAAUUGGAACAAUGGUAAUAAUAUUAAUGAAAAUAAUACAGGAUGUAUGAUAAAUAACAAUGAAAUGAAUAUAUUUAAUAGCAUCUUUGUUGGAAAAAUAAUGCAUGAAGAGAAUUUACCAGAAAUGAUGAAAAAAGAAAAUAUAUUAAUAUUUUUUGAUAAUAUUUCUAAUUAUAAUACUAAUAAAUAUAUUAAAAAAAUAUAUACAUAUAUAAGCAAUUUAACUAUGUAUUUAAAAGAAUGUAAAGAAAUUGAUAGUAAUUAUAGUUAUGAUAUAUUUUUUGCAAUUUUACCAAUUAUAAUGAAAUGGUUAUUUUUUAUAAACAAAACAUUUACUAGCAAAACAAGUAGAAAAGCUUUAUUUGAAAAUAUAAUACAUAUAGGAAAAGCAAAUAUAAAAAGCUUAUUUUUACAUAUAACACCGGGAUUAUUAGUAGAAGAUGUUAAUUGUAAAAAAAUCGCAAUACAUAUAUUAUAUUUGUUAAUAAAAUAUUGUAAAAUUGAAUAUGAAGAUCAAAAACAAUUAUUUAACCUUUGCUUAACAUGUGCAUAUGAUAGCGAUAAAAAUUUGUUGAAGGCAUUCCUAAAAUUUUUAUUAUCCAGUAUUUUUAUAUUUAGUAAAGAUAUUAUAUUGUCUAAUAUAAAAAAUUUAACAAAUUUGUUAAAUCUUGCUUCGAACAAAAAAGCAUAUAUAUAUAUAGUUCAAAAGUUUUUUUCAAAAUUGAAUAGUAUGUUAGAAAAAGAAAUAAAAAAUAAUAAAUUUGAAAAAAUUAAUUCACCAAAUAUUGGCUUAGAAAAUAUAGAAAUAAAUUCCACGCUAAAUGAAAAUGGAAUAGAUAAUUCAAAUGAUGAACCACCACUAAUGUCAUAUUUAACAAAAAAAAGUAAACAGAUUUUUAGAAAAUUUAUUAAGAUAGAAAAAAUGAAUAGUAUUAUAAGUAAUGCUUUCGGAAACAAAAAUGAAUUAAAUCAUAAUCGUAUGAACGAUAAACAGAAAAAUGGAAAAUCUGGUCAUAAAAAUAGCCAAAAUUCUUCUGAAAAUAAUUUGAGUUCUAACAUAAUGUCAACGAAAUAUGAUGAUGAUUCAGAUUCUGUAGAUUCAUAUCAAAGCAAUGAUUAUGAUUCAGACAUCAACAAUUACGAUGAUGUUGAAUCAGCUGGAAAUUUAAAAAAUAGCGAUAUUAAUAAAAGUAAAAAAGAAAAAAUAAAUAAAUCGCAUAAAAUUAGCAAAAAUAACAAAAAUAACAAAAAUGUCGCAAAUACCUUUUUUGAAAAUGUAAGCAAACAUAUUGGGGAAAAAGAAAAGACAUUCAUACAAACAACUUUAACCCAAAUUAUGACAAAGCCAAAUAAACCCCAUAAAAAUGUUAAGGGGAAAAUACAAAAAAUUAAAUCGAAUCCUCUAAUUAAUGACAUAUUAACUAAUUUAGGAGAUUUUAUUAUGAAAAACAAAACUAAUUUAAAUGUAUCAUUAAAAAAUAAAAAAGAAAUAAAGAAUUUAUUCGGUGAUAAAUAUUUUAUUAAACAAAAUGCAAAUAAUCAAAAUAAAAAUUCGAAAAAUUAUUAUUCUAGUUGUUCAGAAGAUGAUGAAGGAGAAAUUGAAAUACGAAAUGAUGGAAAAAUAGUAAUACAUAAUUUAGAUUCACAUUCAAAAAAUUCAAAAAAUAAAAAGAGAAAAGAUGAUAUACUUUUGAAAAAAUAUAACAUCAUUAAUGAAAAACAAAAUAUGAAUUCGAAAUCCAAGAUUAUGAACAAAUCAAUAAAUAAAAGAAAUAAAAAUCAAUUUAUUACAGCUGAUAAAAAUGCAUAUAAAUCUAAAAAAGGGCAAGGAGAUAUUAUUAAAAAAAAUAAGCCUUUACCAUAUUCUUAUGUUGCUCUAAAACCAAUUAUGGCAAAAGAAAAGUUUAGAAGCAAAACCCUCCAUGCUUUUAAAUCUAUUAAAAAUUUGUCAAAGAGAAGUGGAAAAAAAAGAAAACUCAUUUGA